AUGCGGUUUGUUUUGGUGUUUGUGAAGGUUCUGAAGUUCAAUGGAACUCGAAUAAAGAACAUUCACCAUCUUGCUCAUCUUGUUGAUUGUGAGUACAUGAAGAAGGAAGCAUCUUUAUCGGGAGCCAAUGCAAUGGAUGAGAGUGAAUCUUCACAAAACACUACAUACUACAAUUACCAAACUCACAUGAAAAUAACCCCAAGAAUGAAAUGGACAAAACAAGAUACAGAACUAUUCUACGAGUUGAUAUCUCUUGACAUGGGCGCGCUUAUUGUUGGCGCAAAAUAUCGUGGAGAGUUCGAAGAUCGACUCAAGGCAGUCUUCAAGGAGGUUACAGAAUCAGACGGCCAGAUUAUUCUUUUCAUUGAUGAAAUCCAUACUGUCGUUGGAGCUGGGGCUACCAACGGUGCAAUGGAUGUUGGCAAUCUGUUGAAGCUGAUGCUUAGUCGUAGAGAGUUGAGAUGCAUCAGUGCAACAACAUUAGACGAGUAUCGUAAGUAUAUCGAAAAAGAUCGUUCACUAGUGACGUCACACAUUUUGUUGCACAAAUUUACAUGUCGAAUAAAUGCGGGAUUUGUAAAAGAGUUGAAUAGGUGA